AUGGAGCAACCAGAGACGAAAGCCGAGGCUGUUCCUAUGGACACGUCGGCUCCCGGAAAUCAAGGGAAUCCUGCUUCUCAACCCACUAACCCUCCGUCAGGAUCGACGGCCGCCGCUGCAGCUGCUCCCGCAAAACCCGCCGCAGAAGGCGCUGCGACACCCGGUACCGCAGCUACAUCUGCUCCCGCAGCUGUCCAAGUAGUGCCGCCUAAGGGCUACGUCCCAUAUGUUCUUAAAUACACGCUUAACGGCCACAAGAAAGCUAUUUCCAGCGUCAAGUUUUCGCCGGACGGAAAAUGGUUAGCCAGCUCAUCGGCCGACAAAACCGUCAGGAUCUGGCACGCAGCUGACGGCCGGCCGUCAGACCCGCCGCUCGUGGCGCAUACGGAGGGAAUAAGCGACAUCGCAUGGUCUUCCGAUUCACGUUACAUCUGUUCCGCGUCGGACGAUCAUACGCUUCGCAUAUGGGACGUUACGGGAGGGCAGGCGGCUUCUAGCGGGGAUGCUAAUAGCGGAGCCGCUCCGACCACGCGACCGUGCGUGCAGAUCCUAAAGGGGCAUACUAACUACGUCUUUUGUUGUAACUUCAACCCGCAAUCCAACCUCAUAGUUUCCGGCGCGUUUGACGAGACGGUUCGGCUGUGGGACGUGAAAACGGGCAAGUGCGUGAAAGUUUUGCCUGCCCACUCGGACCCUGUAACGGCGGUUCAUUUCAACCGCGACGGGUCGCUGGUGGUGUCGAGCUCGUACGACGGGCUUUGUCGUAUCUGGGACACGCAGACGGGGCACUGCCUGAAAACCCUAAUUGACGACGACAACCCUCCCGUGUCGUUCGUGAAAUUCUCGCCCAACGGAAAGUUCAUUCUCGCCGGCACACUCGAUAACACUCUGCGUUUGUGGAAUUAUGCGACAGGCAAGUGUCUCAAGACCUACACAGGGCAUGUGAACAAGAAAUACUGCAUCUUUUCAACCUUCUCGGUAACCAACGGGAAAUACAUAGUGAGUGGGUCAGAGGACAAUAGCGUGUAUCUGUGGGACCUACAAGCGCGUACAGUGGUGCAGAAGCUUUCAGGCCACACUGAUAUUGUUCUCACUGUGGCCUGUCAUCCUAGCGAGAAUAUGAUCGCAUCUGGAGGGUUGGAUCAAGAUCGGACGGUCAGGAUUUGGGUGCAGGAGAGCGCUGGGCCCGCGGCAGGAGGGAAAGGGUGA